AUGUACCCGGACCAAGUGGAGCGGAUGAUACUGGUAGACAUAGGCGGAGAUAGCACCGGUUCGCCGUCGGGCGACCCGAUGUCGAACCGACCGGAAGUGUAUAACUCGACUGAGGAGAUAGAAACCUGGCUCAGACAGUUCGACCGAUUUGCCAGGAUAAGCCGGGAAGCGAUGGACAUAGUAGUCAAGACCGGCUUCCAGCAACUGGUAAAUGAGCAAUGGGUCUCCUCUUUGGCCAAUCCGUUGGCCCCCCGCGAGCGGCCGGUUACACCUCCCGUCUACGAUGUGCUGAAUAGAAUCCAAUGUCCUACCCGGCUGAUACAUUGCCUGCGUAGCGACCUGAUGGGGCCUGAGAUAGCGGCCAAGACCCGGGACGCCAUUCCCAACUGCGAACUGGUGCAACUGGACUCCGGUCACUUGCCUCACUUGGAGCGGCCGGAUGAGUUCAUCCGGGUAGUCAAAGAAUUCCUGGGGGAGUAG